AGACCUCACCACUUCUGAGGAUGCUUUCCAUAGAUGUGGGCGAAACGUCAGGAGAGAAUGCUUCUGGAACAUGGGCAGGCAGCCGGAAAACUCAUCGCAACCGAAUGAUGCCAUUUGUUUCUAUGAGGGUUUCUUAAGCAUUGCCCAUCAGAGAGUAGUAGCAUCCCUCUCUGAGGUUCCCCCCAACCCUGGCUGAGUCCCUGCCCUCCCUUUGGCUUCUCUGGCACCCCCGAGCAGGGCCAGCCCCCCCUCCCUCCCCCCCUCCCUCUCCCUCCCUCUACGUGGAGUUCCCCACCAGGCCUGUCCCUGCCAGGGACCCCCAGGCCGAGGGAGGCGGGGAGGGGGCUCUUCGGGAGGAACAGCCUCGUGGGGGUCCUUCCCGCAGUGCUGCUCCUUUAAGGCCAAGCCCCGCCUCUCUUUGGGCGCCUGCCUCCGCCCCCAGGGUGACGUCACGGCAAGGCCAGCCCCGCCCCGAUCCCUUGGAAACAGGCAGGCAGAGGGGAGGGGGGCCUCCGCGGGCGGAAGUGAGGGGGCGCUUCCGGUUGGGCCCAGCCGAGGGAGAGGCGCCAACUCUUCGCGUGUUCCUCGGGAGCCUCGCGCGGACUCAGAACCCGGACCCUUCCCCCGGCAGAGAAGGCUGUCCUGCGGAAGGAGGGAGGCUGCAGGGUGGGAGUGGCAGAAGAGGCUCCAGGCUGAAGUGGAAAAGAACCUGCAGGUGCAGAAAGGUAACUUCUGAACAAGUUCUGCGAAGAUCACCUUGUGAGAGCUUUGCCCGAGGAGUGCUGUAAGUCUAAAGUAACUUCAAGAUACAAAGCAAUGACAAGAAGAAAAAAUAAGUAGUAGAAAAAUAUAUUUCAAGCUGUGUAAUUAAGGGGGGAAAUAAGAUUGUGCUGAAGAAAGAGACGCUUGCUGAAAGUGAGCAGAAGGUAAAGUAAUACAAAGACUGUGCUGUUCGGGAGGUUAUAUCUGUGAACCCCUGGCAUGAUAUUUGAAUUAUAAUUGUAAAAGAAUGUCAAGUCCUUCACCACCCUAUCCUAGAUCACACACAGGGGAGAAGUUACAUCAGUGUAUGGAAUGUGGGAAACAAUUUGAUAGGAAACAUUCUCUUACUGUUCAUGAACGGACGCACACAGGGGAGAAGCCCUAUAAAUGCAUAGAAUGUGGAGAAAGCUUCAGUUGGAAUGGCAGUCUACGUUCCCAUCAAAGGACCCAUACAGGGGAGAAGCCAUAUAAAUGUAUGAAAUGUGGAGAAAGCUUCAGUCAGAGUGGCAGUCUACGUUCCCAUCAAAGGACCCAUACAGGGGAGAAGCCAUAUAAAUGCAUGGAAUGUGGAGAAAGCUUCAGUCAGAGUGGCAGUCUACGUUCCCAUCAAAGGACCCAUACAGGGGAGAAGCCAUAUAAAUGUAUGGAAUGUGGAAAAAACUUCAGUCGGAGUGGCAGUCUACGUUCCCAUCAAAGGACACACACAGGGGAGAAGCCAUAUAAGUGCAUAGAAUGUGGAGAAAGCUUUAUUCAGAGUGACCAUCUACGUUCCCAUCAAAGGACCCACACAGGGGAGAAGCCACAUAAAUGCAUAGAAUGUGGAGAAAGCUUCAGUCGGAGUGACAGUCUACGUUCCCAUAAAAGGACCCACACAGGGGAGAAGCCCUAUAAAUGUAUAGAAUGUGGAGAAAGCUUCAGUCGGAGUGGCAGCCUACGUUCCCAUCGAAGGACCCACACAAGGGAGAAGCCAUAUAAAUGCAUGGAAUGUGGAGAAAACUUCAGUUGGAGUAGCAGUCUACAUUCCCAUCAAAGGACCCACACAGGGGAGAAGCCCUAUAAAUGCAUAGAAUGUGGAGAAAGCUUCAGUCGGAGUGACAGUCUACGUUCCCAUCAAAGGACCCACACAGGAGAGAAGCCACAUAAAUGCAUGGAAUGUGGAAAGAGCUUCAAUCAGAGUGGCAGUCUACGUUCCCAUCAAAGGACCCACACAGGGGAGAAGCCACAUAAAUGCAUGGAAUGUGGAAAAAGCUUCAGACAGAGUUGCAAUCUGCGUACCCAUCAAAGGAAGCACACAGGAGAGAAGCCACAUAAAUGCAUGGAAUGUGGAAAAAGCUUCAGACAGAGUUGCAAUCUGCGUACCCAUCAAAGGAAGCACACAGGGGAGAAGCCAUAUAAAUGCAUGGAAUGUGGGAAGAGCUUCAGUCACAGUGGCAAUCUACGUUCCCAUCAAAGGACCCACACAGGGGAGAAGCCACAUAAAUGCAUGGAAUGUGGAAUGUGCUUCAGUCACAGUAAAAGUCUGCAUAUCCAUCAAAAGACCCAUACAGAGGAGAAACCAUAGAAAUGCAUAAAAUGUGGAGAAAUUUUCAGUCAGAGUUAACAAUAUGCAUUCCUAUCAAAGGACCCAAAUAGGGAAGAAUCCAUAUACAUUCAUGGAAUGGGGAAAGCGUCUCAGUCACAGUGGAAUCCGCAUUCCCAUCAAAGUUCGACAGGGACAAAUGCAAGAUACUUCACUUUGGCAGAAAAAACAGAAUGCAAAGAUACAGAAUGGGGGAUGAUGCCUGGCCCGACAGCAGUAGAUGUGAAAAAGACCUUGGAGUCCUCGUUUACAACAAGUUAAACAUGAGCCAACAAUGUGAUGCGGCUGUUAAAAAAGCCAAUGGGUUUCUGUCCUGCAUCAAUAGGAGUAUAGCGUCUGGACUGAAGACUUUAAUUUUCCUAUAAGUUAAUAUGGUCUUGUCUUGUGUUUAAUAAACCUCAGACUUUAUACCGAGAGAGCCCUGGAACAGGAGACCACCAGCCUUGCUUUGUGUGUACUUAUCCCUGCGUAGAGUGAAACCCUUUCUGGAUAUGAGACUGUUUAAUCCCACCUUUGGCAAAGGGUCCAUCAGGAUACACAGCAUAUCUCCUUAAAUGUAGAGAAUAGAGGACAAAGAAUGAUGACAAUGAUCGAUGAAGAUUCAUGAAUCCAUUGAGAUGGACACAUUAACUAAAUUGAUGAAGUAUAGAACAGCAUUGAAAGGAAACAGAGUAAAUAGAGAUAGAAAUCAUAUAGUGGGUGAGAGUUUUGUAGACUAGUGUCAGUUUUGUUCUAAUUGUGCAGGUGUGUGUCCUUGCUCCCUUUAUAUUUGUUAAAUAGUCCUUUUUCCAAAAAAAUGUAUCAAAAUUAUUAUUUGUGUAAAAAUAUUGUUUUUAAAUACCAAAAUUGUAAUUUGUUUAAAUGGGCUUGGGUAUGUUUUUCUUUUUGUCUUUGAAUAAAUAUUGUUUUUUAAAACGAGUGUGAUACA